GAAGGAACCCCCCCAUCCUGAAAUUCGUGGCAUUUUUCGUUUGCAUGGCCCUUGCAGCGAGACUACACAGAUGCAUGAAGUGCUACAGGGAGACUGGGUUGCAACUGUCAAACCUUUGCUACAAAACAUUAAGCCCCCAGGAACUCACUGGGCUUGACUUCCAAGCAAACGCGGCUAAGUGGCCUUCAGAAACAGCUUCUGUAGCCAUGGCUACCUCUGCGAGUUCCCACCUGAGCAAAGCCAUAAAGCAGAUGUACAUGAAGCUGCCUCAGGGUGACAAGGUGCAAGCGAUGUACAUCUGGAUUGAUGGGACUGGCGAGUUCCUGCGCUGUAAAACCCGGACCCUGGAGCAAGAGCCCAAGAACGUUGAAGAUCUGCCAGAGUGGAAUUUUGAUGGCUCCAGUACCUACCAGUCUGAGGGCUCCAACAGUGACAUGUACCUGGUGCCAUCUGCCAUGUUCCGGGACCCCUUCCGCAAAGACCCCAACAAGCUGGUGCUCUGUGAGGUCCUGAAGUACAACCGCAAGCCGGCAGAAACAAAUUUAAGGUCCACUUGUAAAAGGAUUAUGGACAUGGUGUCUAACCAGAACCCCUGGUUUGGGAUGGAGCAAGAAUAUACUCUUCUGGGAACAGAUGGACAUCCCUUUGGCUGGCCUUCCAAUGGCUUUCCCGGACCACAAGGGCCAUACUACUGUGGUGUUGGAGCAGACAAGGCCUACGGCCGAGACAUUGUGGAAGCCCAUUAUCGAGCCUGCCUAUACGCCGGUGUGAAUAUUGGAGGCACAAAUGCAGAAGUGAUGCCAGCACAGUGGGAGUUCCAGGUGGGCCCUUGUGAAGCAAUUGAUAUGGGAGACCACCUCUGGAUUGCUCGAUUCAUCCUUCAUAGAAUAUGUGAAGACUUUGGAGUCAUUGUGUCUUUUGACCCCAAGCCCAUUCCUGGGAACUGGAACGGAGCUGGAUGCCACACCAACUUCAGCACGAAGCUCAUGCGAGAGGAGGGAGGCCUCAAGCACAUUGAAGAAGCCAUUGAGAAGCUGGGCAAGCGUCACCAGUACCACAUCCGUGCCUACGACCCCAAAGGGGGGCUGGACAACGCCAGGCGCCUGACCGGCUUCCAUGAGACAUCCAACAUCAAUGAGUUCUCUGCUGGGGUAGCCAACCGUGGGGCCAGUAUCCGCAUCCCGAGGAAAGUGGGCCAAGAUAAGAUGGGCUAUUUUGAAGACCGCCGACCCUCCGCCAACUGCGACCCGUACGCCGUGACCGAAGCUCUCGUCCGCACUUGUCUCCUCAACGAAACUGGGGACGAGCCCUUUGAGUACAAGAACUAAGUGAACUCUGUCCCACACAGGAACCCACCCAGUCCCUUCCCCCUUCUGCAUUUUCUAGAUGUUAAUUCUGAGGGCAUGAGAUAAUACCAUGUCUGUGCCUCCCCCAAAUUUACCCUCUUGUUUCUUCUGGGUGGAAGAGGGAAGUCUUAGUCUCUUUCAGUGUUUAUUCUGUCGUUUGAGAGGCCAGGAAAAGGAAGAGUAGGCAUUAGAGGAAACAGUCCCCAGUUAACCACUAUUUUUGUCUAAUCCAUCUGUAUGUCUUGACAGGAUUUCGGGCACUUCCAGGGACAGACAGCACAGUGGGGGGGGAUGCUUAAGAAAAAUAUGUGCGAGGCCCAUUUGUUGUGCUCCUCGCCCAAAUGUGCCCUUUGUGAGCCCUGCUGAAAGGAACAGGAGAGAGGCAGAGUGAGGGAAGCCCUUGGCGCAUCAUUUGUUCACUUCAGUGGCGCUUGAAAAUUGAGGCGUUCCGCAGCCCACCAAGGAAAAUAGGAAGGUGGCUUAACCCAUACAUAGCCUGGGUCCACACCCAAUCUCUCUCAAGGGCAGAAGGGUGUUUUAAUAGCCCCUCAUUAUGAGAUGGAGGGGCAUUAUGGCAUGCCAACCGUGGGGCAGUGUUGGGCAUUCUUGCAACCUGUGGUCAGUUGUCGUCCCCACAAGACCAAGUCUUAUUCAAAAGCUGUUGCAACAUGUUUGAUCUGUUUUGGAAGCUGUCUUGACUUUUCUGUUUCUAACACAGAGUGAAGUAGUAUUUUUAUAUUUUAAUGCCUGAAAAGGAAAAAAAAAGUUUGUGUUUCUUUUCUUUCAAAAAGGUCCACUCAAUCAGCCAUUUGCAAAAAGGCUGAGUUUGCUACAGGUGUCUGUUGGUUAAGACUUGCGUACAGGAUCGAGGAAGGGGGUAAGGAGAAAAGAUGGGGAGGGGAGAGAGAGAAAAAGAAAAAAGAGCUGCAUGUUUCACCUUCAAGAGCAGCUUUGAUGGCUUGUUAUAAGCAAGGGGUAUCAGUUUACAAGUUUAUAAGUGGAAAUAGGUAUUAAUUUUUUAAUUUAAACUGGAGCCACCGGGGUUGUCUCAGCAAGGCCGCGUGCAGCUAGUUGUGGCAACAAGAUACAACUGUGCUUCAGACAAAAGGAGUUGGCUGGUCAACUUGAACCAUGUUAUUUGACAAGUAUUUGGCGGGGGGGUGGGGUGCGGGAGCAGGGUCAAGGAGUGUGUUAAAAUCUCUAGUAGGAUUUGCAUGUUGGCUUUUGAUGACUGCACCAAUGAAGAAGAACAGGUGGGAAGCGAGGUUUUUAGAGAUUUUUAAAUAACAUGUUUUUUUGGGUUUCUAAAGUUGUACAGUUUGGCAGAGGCCACCGCUGCUCCUGUUAGGUACAUCCUGGUACAUCCAGAAAUGCUUCUGCCAGGGCUCCACUAAUAAAACAAUAGUUGCGCUCAGAGGUAAUAAUGCUAGUGGGUUCAAACGUUCCGGGAUUUUGUACGUUGGUAUCUUGGAUGGUGCCAAUCAUCUUCCGCUGCAUUUGGACUUGAAAAUAGGGUGGGGUUUUUUGUAAUAAAAAUUUAAAAAUCAAA